AUAAAAAAUUUCGAACAGAUGCUAACUCUGAUAUUAAUUCUACGUCUAUUUCUAGAAUUCAUGAAGAGGUAUCUGAUGUUAGUGGGUUGCGCUUAUUGGUAGAGUUUGAUGAAAGCAAAAUAAAAGGUCGAGAAAAUAGUGAAGAUUUAGCAUACUUCACUAACACGAUUACGGAAUUACUUUUGCAAUUAGAAAAUCAAAAAGAGGAAAUAUUAGAAUUAAGAAGAAAAAUAAAUAACUAUGUGAGGAGAUAA